CGGGAGCAGGGUCCAGGGCGCAGCGCGCCUUCGCCGCCCCGGCGCGUCCGGGUGCAGCCGCCGCCCGCCGCGGGUGAUGCCGCCACCUCCGGCCUCAGCAUAAGCCGUGGCUCGGCGGCCGAGCUGCCUCGCAAGGUGUUCUGUUUCUUGGCCUGCAUCAGGAGGCUCAUAGCAGCAUGCUACUGCCAGGAAGUGCACGGCUGUCGAUAACGUGCUGCCGGGUCCCAGGAUGGAGGAGUGAAGUCCCCGUCGCCGCGGUUCCAGCCUCCGGAGCUCGCCCAAGCCGAGUCCCCAGAGAGCGCCCUGAGGGAACAGGGUGGCCGCCUGGUCCAGGAAUGUUUACCCUUGCGGAAGUUGCGUCACUUAAUGACAUUCAGCCAACUUACCGAAUCCUGAAACCAUGGUGGGAUGUGUUUAUGGAUUACCUGGCUGUUGUUAUGUUGAUGGUAGCCAUCUUUGCAGGAACCAUGCAACUUACCAAAGAUCAGGUGGUCUGUUUGCCAGUUUUGCCAUCUCCUGUAAAUUCAAAGGCACAUACACCACCAGGAAAUGCCGAUGUCACCACCAACAUCCCGAAGACGGACGCAGCCACCAACCAAGACCAAGAUGGACGGGCGACAAAUGACAUUUCCUUUGGGACAUCUGCUGUGACACCUGACAUACCUCUCAGAGCCACAUAUCCUCGCACAGAUUUCACAGUUCAAAAUCAGGAGGCAAAGAAAGAGAAGAAAGAUCCAACAGGCCGAAAAACAAACUUGGAUUUUCAGCAAUAUGUAUUUAUUAAUCAGAUGUGUUACCAUCUGGCCCUUCCGUGGUAUUCUAAGUACUUUCCAUACCUUGCUCUUAUACAUACUAUUAUUCUCAUGGUCAGUAGCAACUUUUGGUUCAAAUAUCCCAAAACAUGCUCAAAAGUAGAACAUUUUGUUUCAAUAUUAGGAAAGUGCUUUGAAUCCCCUUGGACUACAAAAGCGUUGUCUGAGACAGCAUGCGAAGACUCAGAGGAAAACAAGCAGAGAAUAACAGGUGCCCAGACUCUACCAAAGCAUGUGUCUACCAGCAGUGAUGAAGGGAGCCCCAGUGCCAGUACACCAAUGAUCAAUAAAACUGGCUUUAAAUUUUCAGCUGAGAAGCCUGUGAUUGAGGUUCCCAGCAUGACCAUCCUGGAUAAAAAAGAUGGAGAGCAGGCGAAAGCCCUGUUUGAGAAAGUGAGGAAGUUCCGUGCCCAUGUGGAAGAUAGUGACUUGAUCUAUAAACUCUAUGUGGUCCAAACAGUUAUCAAAACAGCCAAGUUCAUUUUUAUUCUCUGCUACACAGCGAACUUUGUCAACGCAAUCAGCUUUGAACACGUGUGCAAGCCCAAAGUUGAGCAUCUGACUGGUUACGAGGUAUUUGAGUGCACCCACAAUAUGGCUUACAUGUUGAAAAAGCUUCUCAUCAGUUACAUAUCCAUUAUUUGUGUUUAUGGCUUUAUCUGCCUCUACACUCUCUUCUGGUUAUUCAGGAUACCUUUGAAGGAAUAUUCUUUUGAAAAGGUCAGAGAAGAGAGCAGUUUUAGUGACAUUCCAGAUGUCAAAAAUGAUUUUGCAUUUCUUCUCCACAUGGUAGACCAAUAUGACCAGCUGUAUUCCAAGCGAUUUGGUGUGUUCUUGUCAGAAGUUAGUGAAAAUAAACUUAGGGAAAUUAGUUUGAACCACGAGUGGACAUUUGAAAAACUCAGGCAGCACAUAUCACGCAAUGCCCAGGACAAGCAGGAGUUACAUCUGUUCAUGCUGUCGGGGGUGCCCGAUGCUGUCUUUGACCUCACAGACCUGGAUGUGCUAAAGCUGGAACUGAUUCCAGAAGCUAAAAUUCCUGCUAAGAUUUCUCAAAUGACUAACCUCCAAGAGCUCCACCUCUGCCACUGCCCUGCAAAAGUUGAACAGACUGCUUUUAGCUUUCUUCGCGAUCACUUGAGAUGCCUUCAUGUGAAGUUCACCGAUGUGGCUGAAAUUCCUGCCUGGGUUUAUUUGCUCAAAAACCUUCGAGAGUUGUACUUAAUAGGCAAUUUGAACUCUGAAAACAAUAAGAUGAUAGGACUUGAAUCUCUCCGAGAGUUGCGACACCUUAAGAUUCUCCACGUGAAGAGCAAUUUGACCAAAGUUCCCUCCAACAUUACAGAUGUGGCUCCACAUCUUACAAAGUUAGUCAUUCAUAAUGACGGCACUAAACUCUUGGUACUGAACAGCCUUAAGAAAAUGAUGAAUGUCGCCGAGCUGGAACUCCAGAACUGUGAACUAGAGAGAAUUCCACAUGCUAUUUUCAGCCUCUCUAAUUUACAGGAACUGGAUUUAAAGUCAAAUAACAUUCGCACAAUUGAGGAAAUCAUCAGUUUCCAGCACUUAAAACGACUCACUUGUUUAAAAUUAUGGCAUAAUAAAAUUGUUACUAUUCCUCCCUCCAUUACCCAUGUCAAAAACUUGGAGUCACUUUAUUUCUCUAACAACAAGCUCGAAUCCUUACCAGUGGCAGUAUUUAGUUUACAGAAACUCAGAUGCUUAGAUGUAAGCUAUAACAACAUUUCAAUGAUUCCAAUAGAAAUAGGAUUGCUUCAGAACCUGCAGCAUUUGCAUAUCACUGGUAACAAAGUGGACAUUCUGCCAAAACAAUUGUUUAAAUGCAUAAAGUUGAGGACUUUGAAUCUGGGACAAAACUGCAUCACCUCCCUCCCUGAGAAAGUUGGUCAGCUCUCUCAGCUCACUCAGCUGGAGCUGAAGGGGAACUGCUUGGACCGCCUGCCAGCCCAGCUGGGCCAGUGUCGGAUGCUCAAGAAAAGUGGGCUUGUUGUGGAAGAUCACCUUUUUGACACCCUGCCACUCGAAGUCAAAGAGGCAUUGAAUCAAGACAUAAAUAUUCCCUUUGCAAAUGGGAUUUAAACUAAGAUAAUACGUGCACAGCGAUGUGCAGGAACAAAUUCCUAGAUUGCAAGUGCUCAUGUACAAGUUCUUACAAGAUAAUGCAUUUUAGGAGUAGAUACAUCUUUUAAAAUAAAACACAGAGAGGAUGCAUAGACGGCUGAUAGAAGACAUAACUGAAUGUUCAAUGUUUGUAGGGUUUUAAGUCAUUCAUUUCCAAAUCUGUUUUCUUUAUUUUUUCUUUUGGGGAAAGGGAAGGAAAAAUUAUAAUCACUAAUCUUGGUUCUUUUUAAAUUGUUUGUAACUUGGAUGCUGCCGCUACUGAAUGUUUACAAAUUGCUUGCCUGCUAAAGUAAAUGAUUAAAUUGACAUUUUCUUACUAUAUUACCUUUUUUGAGGGGUCUUAAUUUACUUUGCUAAAUUGGUGCAAUAUUGCUUUAACUCAGAUCACUAAAGACAGACACAUCAAGUCCAAACUUGUAAAUUUAGAUUUACUAAAAUACUGAUUUAUUUCCUGUUUUAAUUUAAAGCGCCUCAAAUAAGCACUUCUCACAAUAGUUGACUGGUACUGCUGCUUCUGAGCAUCUCAUGUCAUAGAUUUUGUACUCUUACAGACUUGGAAUGCGGUAGAGGUAUGUGGAUUGUUAGAGGUUUUGUUUGUUUUUUAAGAAUAAGUAACAAUAAAAUAACAAAUUUCUUAAUA